UGCAUGUUGAUACGAUAUCAAGAUAAAUGUCAGGCAUUUUGACAUUAAGUAGUUAACAUAUACUUAUGAUUCCUUUGAUUGUUUAAAGUUAAAAACUUACAGAAGUGCAUCGUGAACAAGUGAGUAGGUCAUUGAAACUACGAUUCAUAGUUAGUGUAUGUAGAACAUACAAAUAGGAAAACUUGCCUAAAAAUGUAUAAAACUGUGAGGAUUAUGCUUAUUGUUUACUUCUACUAUGCUCUUAUACUCGGCCUGUGGCUGAAGAAAAGAGAGCGGCGAUGGUCUGCAAGGAUCGAUUAUACAUAUAUGGACGGAACACUAAUCGGGCCAAUUUGGAGGAAUGUAAUAUCACCAGUUGUGGAAUGGACGCAGAUAAAUCAAAGAAUGAUUGUUUGAUGUAUGCUAGCACUUUCGGGUCUUUACAAGAUACUACCAAACACGGGCUGUCGAUCCAGCUGGUUGUUAAGUCAAUAUUCUAUUCCGAUAAUUCAAGGGUGUGUCGGGAUACCUGAAGUAUGGAUAUGGAUCAUUGGACUGUUUAGUGACAACUCUCUUGAUCCGAAGUUCCUUCCAUACGUGCUAAAUAGCCCACAUGACGUUGCACCUAAAAUGACGGACAUAUACAAAUUCUUAAUCAUCUGGGUGAAACUGUCGAUGAUAUCAAUAGUUAUAUAUGGAAUGUAUCUGACAAGAAAAGCUGUUCAGUCUCUUUGUGCAAGUGAUGACGAACUAAAAGGUGUACAAACUCUAUCGGAUCGUGAUGUUCUUUAUUCUGUUGUCAUUUUGUUCAUCGGCACUGUUGUUUUCUGGUCAUUUCCUGUUAUUUUAAUUGUACGUCAAUACUUUACCUCCAGUUUCUCAAUAUACGACAGUUUAUCGGAUCCAAUAUGUUGGCUUUUCUUGUUAUUUCUUUUGACGACAUUAUUUGGGUUACUAACGCAGUUGCAGGAAUUCCAUGUUAAAGUCUUCUUAGUUGGUGCGUCAAUGCUCAUUGUCAAUUUAUUGUAUCAGGAGGUGUAUCAUUUUUACCUUGUUGGCGACAUUUAUUUCAUUAGCAGUAGUCAUUGGAUUAUAUUACACUACCUGUGUCAUUAUGCCACACUCGAUCACCUGAGUACAAACGAGUAUUCUGAGGGGUAUAAGGCAUAUGAUGAUGUUGCAGAGCAUUCUUCUUUAAAACUAGUUUAUUACAUUCAGGUAGCACUUGGAAUCAUUCAGACAUGUUCUUUGUUCAAUAUUUUGCGAUUUCUACUUCAGUGGUUCAGUAAACCAGGUUUUGAUUUUGAUAUUUAUUUCGUAAGUUUGAUAUCUGCUCUUCGAACGGGUCUUACCUCCAUGGUACCUAACAUUUUCUUUUUGGUCAUUGUCUUUGGGUAUAGAUUCGAAGGUUGGUUACGCUUCCUACCAAUUAAAAUAUGCCUUCCUUUCGCAAUGAGCCACAGUGCAUUUAGUUUUACUUACGAUUUCUGGACGCCACAUACCAUAAUGAGACAACAAUUGAAAGCAAUUACCCUGAUGAUAGUUUACUACCUCUAUAAAUUCAACAUAACUCCAGAUGAAAUCAAUUUCCUCUUCGCUGAUAUUGUUACUAUGGAGGUGUUCCUCAUAUCAGUCAGGGUGGCGUUCACAUUUCCUGAUGGCACUUCUCCCGUGGAUGCAUUGGAGAGUAUACACUGGUCAAAACUAUUGGACACUGAGGAAUUUAGUACUGCCACUCUGUCAUCUAGUUUCCGUUCAUACAUGAUGCACAUAUCCUCUGAUUCUGAAACAAGUGCUGCCCAAAAAGCAAAACAUCCGAAAAAAACUCGAAACUACAGAAGGACGAUAUCAGCCCCUGUCAGUUUACAAAGAGUGGAGAGGAGAUCUCGGCGAAGGAGAACUACGAGUACAGAUAUGGGCGUACAGACCCCUCCAGAACUAAACGAAAGAGGGCAUGGUAGAGUGAAAUCCUUGAAAAUUGUAAAUCUGAUUGGCUAUAAUAUAAAUUACAAAAAUCUAAACGUAACUAAUGUCAAUUUACAACAUGGAGACGCUUCAGAUGACGGAUAUGUGAUUGGAGAGGAUAGCAAUUAAUUCCAAGUGAUCACAUCUGUUUUCUAACAAAUUAUAUAAAUAAUAAAAACAAGUAAAGCGCCAACGUUCAACAAACAACACAUUCAAGUACUAGUAAUUAAAAAUUGACGAUGUUACACUCGUAAAAAUGUUGUGGAGAUUCUGCUUACAACUCUUGAAAAAAUAAAAAUCGUACCUACGACGUUCCGACAUUUUGUUACGAAACCGGACCGUUUCGUUAACUAGUCUGAAAAGUGCAGUACCAGUGAUAUGGUAGACAAGUGUAUAUUUAAAAGUGAAAGAUAAAGCUAAAAUGAGACUGGUGUAUAUUUUUCAUGGUUUUAUUCAUUUUAGUGCCAUGGGUAUAAUUGUUAAACAUUAAUAAAUCUCUGAUAU